AUGGAAGUCGAAGCUAGCCUCCCACUGCCUGCAAUACAACUAGAUACAGCCACCCGUAAAUACGCUUUCCAGCUAGCUAAGCUAAGUCCGGACUAUCUAUGGGUCCCCGGAUACCAAGACAUUAAUAGAAAUGAAGAGGCGGACAAACUGGCUAAAUUAGGGUCCAAAUCACUUCCGACCACCCAGACCGCCCUGGCUGCCCAUACAAGCUAUGCCUAUAUAGGCAUAAAAAUCAACCAAAUCCGACGGCAUGCGUGGGCGAAUGCUCUAGCUAGCGGCAAAGGCCACUACUUUGACUUUUUCAACCCACGAAUUCACUCUCGAAUACAGCUUCCCAAAACGGCUAGAUCCACUGCUAGCGCCUUUUUCCAGCUUAAGCUACGACAUGGCUACUUUAGGACGUACCUAAAACGAUUUAAUAAAACACCCACCAAUCACUGCAUAUGUAGUUACAAGCCUGAAUCACCACAGCAUCUUAUACUACGAUGCCCCGAAUACAGUGAAGAACGCAAAAGACUGAAAGACAGUGUCCCAUUUAGGCUUAGCCUACGCUCCCUCUUUGAGACGAAAAUCGGACGCUAG